CUUUUAUAGACCCCAAACCUUAUGGGUAGUUGUGAUACGGACGUAUAGACCCUCAUCGCCAGACAUUUUUACAGGCAUUAGAGGAGGCCUGAUAAAGUUCUAGUGUUCCUUCCGAAUCUCGAUAACCUAACUCCACCUCUUCUUCAAUUUCUUAUCGAAAAGCAUAGCAGCGCAGCUUUGUUCUUUGCAUUUUCCUUAUUAUAUAAUAUACACCAUUCAUUGACAAGCCGUUUGUCACAUUGCAACAUUGCCUGGUUCAUCGAAUUAAUAAUUGCCUUUGCGAUUAUCUUUAUUUAAAUCACGCCGGCACGAUUUCGUUGCGAUAACAAGUUCUCACGACACAUCACACCCUGCAAGCUUACUGGACGUCGAUGAUCGGUUGCAUUGGAUGCGGAGGGAACCCAUUCUUUCAAAGUUUGAAUCAUCCUUCAAUGUGAAAUGUCUUCAAACUCGAAUACACCUCGCGAAGACUUUUUCAAUGACUUUUCGCAACAAACAACCAAUUUAAGGCCAAACAGUAGUGUGAAAGAUACGGGCAAUAUGGCAGGUCGAAUAGAUGGAAAUGGAGGAGACUCGACAAUUCCAAAACCGAAGAGAAUUGCAUGUAUUAUAUGUCGAAAAAGAAAACUUAAAUGCGAUAGUUCAAAACCAAGUUGUUCAACGUGUACGCGAUUAGGACAUGAUUGUGCUUAUGAUCCUGUGCGAAGAAAGUCUGGCCCAAAACGUGGCUAUGUGAAAGCAUUAGAAGAAAGAUUGAAACAAGUCGAGAAUAUGCUCAAAUCACAAGAACCUACAACUACAAGUCCAAGUACAAGCAAUGCUAGCGGGGCUGGGUUGCGGACCGGCCCUACCCCAGAUCUUAACGUUCCUAGUCCGAAUAUUGGAGUAUACGGCGAGCGAUGGCGCUAUAACAAUGAUGCUCAACCGACGUUGAAUGAAAUGGGAUUUUCGGCCACUGUUGGUAUGGGAAUGGGGCUUGAUGACUUUCCCUCUACGUGGGAGAUGAUUGGUCUUGGGAUUGAGGAACCAUUGCCCCUCCAAGAGGUAGUUGAUGAGUUGCAUGAAAUUUACUUCGAAAUUAUUCACCCUUCCCUCCCAAUGAUCCACAAAUAUCGGUACCUUGCUGCAAUGAAUCUUGCGCCAAAUCAACGGCCACCAGUUUCAUUACGAUAUGCAAUGUGGACGCUGGCAGCUUCCAGUUCAGAAAAAUACAUGGAUCUUAAAGACCACUUCUAUCAGCGAGCCCGAAAAUACAUGGAAAUGGAUACGCUGAAAGGAUUUGGUGAAAGCAUAAUUUCUGUUUCGCAUGCACAAGUUCAUAUUCUUUUAGCUUUUUACGAAUUCAAAAUGAUGCACUUUCCUCGAGCUUGGAUGAGCACUGGGGCUGCUAUUAGAUUAUGUCAAAUGAUGGGUCUACAUAGACUUGAUAAGCCUGGUUUAGAAGUCAAGCAGUGUCUACCACCACCGCGAGAUUGGACAGAAAAGGAGGAGAGGCGUAGAACUUUUUGGAUGGCCUUUUGCGAAGAUCGGUAUGCUAGUAUCGGUACUGGCUGGCCUAUGACCAUCGAUGAGAAGGAUAUCACAUCGGACUUACCAUCUUCAGAGGAUGCUUUCAACAUGAGUAGACCGGAAAGAACGCAAAGUUUGACUGAUUCAAUGAGUCCCCAGGGCGCCUCUAAGUUGUCACCAUUCGCUGGUGUUGUUUUGAUGGCGUCACUUUUUGGAAGAAAUCUCCUACAUCUACAUCGUUCUGAUCCUGGUCAUCGUGAUAACGACUUAAAUGGGGAGUUUUGGAAGCGGCAUCGACACAUGGACAAUAUCCUUCUCAAUACAUCCCUCUCUUUACCUUUCCACCUUCGACUGCCUCACGGAAUGGCUAAUCCUAAUAGUGUAUUCUUAAAUAUGAAUAUUCAUGCUUCUACCAUCUGCCUACAUCAAGCAGCAAUAUUUAAAGCUCAAAGCAAUCGACUGCCUGAUACUGUCGCCGCCGAAAGCAAAAUCAGAGCCAUCAGUGCUGCCAAUGAGAUCACAAGCAUCAUGCAGAUGAUCUCGCAUAUGGAUCUAUCAACUAUGAAUCCAUUUAUAUGUUUCUGUCUCUACGUAGCCGCACGCGUUUUUGUGAAACACCUCAACGAUACACCAAAAGAUUCUCCAGUUUCGGAUUCUCUAAGAUUUCUCUUGAAAGCCAUGAAUGCCUUAAAGAAGAAGAAUCCUUUGACAGAGUCCUUUCUUGUACAAUUGGACGUUGAUUUGGAGGCCAUGGGAAUGCGCAAUAGUAAAAAAGAUGGAUCUUGGGAUGAGACUUUGAUGGGAUCCAAGGAGACUGGGAUGCCCGGAAUGAAUCCAACCACUACUGGAGCAAAUAAUCAAUCUGGGUGUAACGUUGUGCGAUUCGCAGAGGGAGGAGGUCCGGAUGCCUUUCGAGUGAUAGGCGACAGUCCCACUAACCCUCAAGAAACAUCACGCAGUAUUUCUGCCGAUAACGAACAAGGGAUUAGGAGAACGUCAACAAGCCCUAUCGUUGAUCCAUUCCCUCGUGACUUCGACGUGGAACAGAGAGGCUGGCCUAAGUUGAACGGACAAACACAAGCUCGAGACUUGAGGCGAGGCGUACCUGUCAGUCAAAGCAGAGAAUCAAACGGCAAUACAUACAUCCACGAUGUUUCAAACACCGGCAUGAGAACGGGUCUAUCUUCCAAUACUGGCAAUACUUCCACCCAUCCAGCACUCAGAUCCACGUCUGAUAGUCGACCUCCUACUCUACAACAUGGACAGAAUACUACAAAUACUGGAUCCUAUGAAACUCGUGCAGCACCAGAUACCAAUCGCGAAGUACGUCUCAUGGAUGCGUUUUUCUCGACACCUCCGGGAUAUAAUAACAUUCCAGCUGGGUCGAAUAUAACACCAUCCGUAUAUAGUAUGCCAGAAACGCCUGGGAGAACAUAUACGACUCCAGAUCCGUGGCCGCAGCAGACGACUACGGGACUGACGCCGGUGGGGGAGGGGGUGUUUAGACAAAUGAUGGGGUUGGGACCCAUGGAUCCGAUGGAUAUCUGGGAGGGGAAUAACUGAGUUACUAACUUUAUGAAAUUUAUCAGGUGAUGGGUUCGGGUCUAGGUUUAGGUCUGGGCUGCUCGGAUAUAAUGCGAUAUGAUAUGAUGUGUUUUGAAUUAGCUAUGGAUACAAAUAUGGUCCAGGAGAAAUAUCGAGGAAGGCAACAUUGGCUUGGAUUGACAUUGGCGUUGGAAUAUCACAUUGGCUUUGCUAUGAGAACCUCUUUUUGGUUUAAGGGUAGAAUCAGGUUGCAGCUGACAUCAUGGAGUAUACUGUAUAGAAGUAUACCGUAUACUUGAUGGGCGAGGUUUGUAUGAUAGAUAUCUGAUGUAAUAAUUUGGAUUUAACACUUUAUUUUGAAGAUCCAAGAUUCAUC